AUCGUCUCCGCUCUAGUUUAACAAUAAUCAGCUGUAUGUCAGCGAGAAAAAAUGGGCGAGUUUCUUAAUGAAAAUAAUGCGUGUGGUCAAAAUUUACUGAAUAUUGUUUCUGUGGGCAACUCCAUAAUUGCUGAAAUACUACGACUAAAAGAAUAUGUGCCCAGCAUUUACAGAUUGGAAACCGCAGCUGAUAAACAAAAAUAUGCAGAUAUUAUUUUAGACUUCAGCUAUUUCAAAGUAGCUGAAUCGCAAGAGAAGAAGAUUGAGGAUAGCCCAGAGCUUAGCGACUUGGAUUUGGAAACUCGCACAAAUCACCUGCAGUUGAUAACUCGUUUCUACCGGGCCUUUCAGAGUGUGCAUCAUUAUGCUACAGACUUGCAUCAGUAUAUUGAGGAACUAAACAGUGGUUACUAUAUACAACAAACGCUGGAGACGGUGCUGCAGGAUGCGGAGGGAAAACAGUUAUUGUGUGAAUCGCUCUAUUUGUACGGCGUUAUUUUGCUCGUCGUGGAUUUGCAUAUACCAGGAGAUGUGCGGGAGCGCCUCUUGAUAGCCUAUUAUCGCUAUAGCGGCGGCGAUGCUACGCCCAGCGGCGAUGAUAGUAACAUUCAUGAUGUAUGUCUGUUGCUGCGCUCCACGGGCUUCAUACAGCCGGUACAGAAUCACUCGGUGCUUCCAGUGAACAAAACAGUGGCUGUACCCAACUAUCCGGAGUCUUACUUUGCACGCUUUCGCUUCGAUACGAACUUCAUAGAUUUGGUUUUGGCUCGCUUGCGCUGUGAUGACAUCUACAACCAGCUGACAAUCUAUCCACAUCCGACGCAUCGCACCACAGCGCUGUCCACUCAGGCUGUGAUGCUUUUCGUUUGCCUUUAUUUCUCGCCCCAGGUGCUGCAUACACAAAGUGCCCAGAUGCGCGAGAUUGUCGACAAGUUCUUCAACGAUAAUUGGACGCUUUCCAUUUAUAUGGGAAUCACUGUGAACUUGAUAGAUUCUUGGUCAUGCUUUAAGGCCGCAAGUACCGCUGUGGCCCAUGUGGUUACACCUAUCGCUCUGGACACUCUUUGCAAGCAGAAGCGUGAACAGAUGAAUAAAACACUUCAAAAAAUCGAAGAGAUUGUACGUGAAGGCGUCUUGGACGAUGCAUUUGUGCUGGAACAUGCCAAUCAGAUAAUAGUGCUGAUGCGACAAGCUAAUGUGCUGUUACGAUGGUAUUGUCUUCACACACGACCCGCCGUACUUCUAAUUUUUAACCAGACGACGAUGUUAGCGCAGCUACAUCAAAAAUUGCUUACUGCACUUAAAUUCGACUCCGGUAUGCUCUACCACCUGUUGCUGGGUUGUGGUCAAUUGGAACUGAAUGUCAGGGAGCUAUUGGUUGAGCUUCGAAAGAAUCGCGAACAGCGGUGGACGGACAAUCGGGAUGAGGCAAUUCAGUAUCUGGGAGAAUUAAGUGAAUCCUUUGCGGGAUCGCGACCAUUAACCAAAAUCGAAGCGAAUCCUCAUCUGCAGGAGUGGUUUGGUCAGAUCGCGCAGCGUUUACAAAAACUUGAGUUGAAUAAACCACAAAAGUCGGGACGACUGAUUAUACAGGCAAUGCAGGCAUUGGACGAAGUUCAGGAAUAUCACAACUUACAUGCAAAUAUGCUGGUCAAGCAGCAGCUGCAGGAGACGCGCGACUUAUUAAAUCGCAUGGCCCAGUUAAUCAACCUAAAAGAAGAUAUCGAGAUCCACAUUCAGAUGAUUAGCGACUUUAGCUACGCCUGGUGCUUACUGCAGCGAGAUUUCACUGUGAUCAUGCAGAAUCACAUUAAAGCCCUACCACCCGCUGUCAUUAGCAUAAGAGCUGUGUUCCUGAAGCUGGCCAGUACGUUGGAGGUGCCCCUAAUGCGUAUCAACCAAGCCAAAAGUGAAGAUCUGAUCUCUGUCUCCAACUAUUACAGCACAGAGCUGGCAAACUUUUUGCGACGUGUGCUACAAAUUGUGCCGGAGACGAUGUUUAGCAUUCUGGCAAGAAUUAUACAGCUGCUGACCAAUGAUAUUAAGGAGUUUCCAACACGUCUUAAUAAGGAUAAGCUACGCGAAUAUGCGCAAUUCGAGGAGCGUGCGAAGGUGGCGCAGCUCACCAAUUCCAUUGCAGUCUUUACGAAAGGUAUAUUAAUGAUGAAGACGACUUUGGUGGGAGUCAUUGAGCUAGAUCCUAAACAGCUGCUUGAGGAUGGCAUACGUAAGGAACUAGUCAAUCACUUGGCCAACGCCUACAAUUUAGGUCUGAUAUUUACGCCAGAGAAGACCAAGACGUCUGUACAGUUGCUCCAGGAGAAACUCCAAGCGCUGGCUAAGACCAUCGAGGGCUAUCGCCGAUCCUUUGAGUAUAUCGAAGACUAUUUGCGUGUACAGGGUCUGCGCAUAUUGCUGGAAGAAUCGCAGCGUAUCAUUAAUUACAAUGUGGAAAAGGAAUGCAAUUGCUUUCUGCGAAACAAAGUACAGGAUUGGCAAUCCCGCUUCCAAUCCCAAACAAUACCAAUACCAAGCUUUCAUCCACUGCAAGGAGAUGCCAGCAAAUCGAACAAUUUCAUUGGGCGUCUUGCAAACGAAAUCUUGCGUUGCACGGACCCAAAACAGACGAUUUAUUUAGAUUUGAAGUGCACGUGGUAUGAAAAACGUGCACCGCAUCAGCAGCUGUUAGCUGGCUGUGCCUUCUUUAGCGUGCUCCGAGAGGCCAUGGCGCCAGCUGGGAUGGUGGGUCUAGAGCGGCUUUACGCGCACAUGCUGGCCGAUGAACUGAAACGUAAUAUGGACAGACUUCAAAAGAAUUUAAGUACGGAUCGAAUGUGGUGUGAUGCGUUAAGCAGCCUGACCAAGGAGCUAGAAUCGCGUGACUUUCCCGGCGAACUGGCCAAGCAACCGCUUAAGUAUUAUCAAGGCUAUACGCAACGUUGGCUAAAGGUGUGGCCCACACUUCUUGACUGGAUACUUUCUAUAGGACACAAGCAGUUGCUGCGUCAGCAAAUUGCCGGGGAACUAAGCUUUAGCAGCAAGUGUGAUGCCAAGUUACUGGAGAAUACAACGGAUACGCUAAAUCGCGCCUUGUUGCUGGAACUCUCCAGUAAUAUGAAACUGUACGAUGAGCAGGGCGUGGGAAUGUUCACCGAGCUGCAAGAAAUACUUCACUAUACGGGCAAUUAUGACCCGCUGGAGCAGAUUUUUAUGGCUCCCAAAAAUACACACAAUAUGUCCUUAUUUCUUUUCCUCUUUACCAUUGCGCAUGUUGUUCGUUUACAGCAUUCCACAAAUACGGACUGUUUGCUGCCUAAGACUGCUAAAGAUGUCAUCGAUUGUGUGCCCCUGAUAUUGGGGCUACUAACAGUACUUAAACAGUUCCACAAGAAUGUCAAAAUGCUGUAUAUCUCCUACAUGUGCCAGUAUGUUGUAAUUGUGGCAGAGGCACAGCUACAGGAUAAAGAGUUGCUGGGUGCAGAGGUGAAUACUAUGCUGCACUUCCUGCAUGCAUUCGUACGCAUGGCUGGUUUGCCACUUAGUGUCCUAGAGCAGCGUAUACCCAAUAUGAUUUUAAGUGAGUUUGAUUAUUUAGCGACCUCUGUCAAGUAACGCUCAAUUACAUAU